AUGGCAUCCACCGAAUCAUCUGGCCCUGUCAAUGGCAACUAUGCGCCACAGGGAUACGAGAACAGCUAUUCCACCGGCGCCUCCAACUUCACACCCUCGCAGCAACCAACCGCCAGCCAGCCCGCACAACAAGCAACCGCCUCUGAAAUCCCAAAGGACGAGGUUGGGUGGUACUUUGUCGAGCAGUACUACACCACCUUGAGCAAGAGCCCCGACCGACUUUACCUUUUCUACAACAAGCGCUCGCAGUACGUUUCGGGCGUUGAGGAAGAGAAGGUCAAUGUGUGCUUGGGCCAGAAGGCGAUCAACGAGCGCAUCAAGGAGCUAGACUUCAAGGACACAAAGGUCCGCGUUACCAAUGUCGAUUCGCAGGGCUCUGAUGCCAACAUCGUGAUACAAGUAAUUGGUGAAAUCUCCAACCAAGGCCAGCCCCACAAGCGCUUCGUCCAAACCUUUGUCCUUGCCGAGCAGACCAAUGGCUACUUUGUUCUCAACGACAUCUUCCGUUAUCUCGCAGAGGAUCCUGAAGAGGAGGAAGAGCAGCAAGAGCAAGUUGCGCCCGCUAACGGUGUCACCGAACCAGCUCCUACCGCCGCCGUCCCCGAGAAUGCUGAACUCAAGAGUGACGAGGUUGCAACCAGCGAGGAGGCCUUGAACAAGGUGGAUGACAAACUACAGGAGGUUGCAAAGGAGGAGCCUGCUGUGGAGGAAGUUGCGCCCCCAGCUCCGGCCCAGCAGGUACCAGAGGAGGUUGAACAACCCGCUGUGGAAGAGGCACCAGCCGCUGCUGAGGAGAAGGCUACCGAGGAACCCCAAGCUCCCGCUGAGGAGACCACUGAGCCCCAGAAGCCUGCCACACCAGCCCCACCCGCACAGAAGGCCAAUACCGUCGCGAUGCCUUCUGGCCCACCAAAGCCUGCUGCUCCCCGCACUUGGGCUAGCCUCGCCGCCUCUGCACACAAGGUUGCUACUCCUGUUGUGAACACCCCCACCUCCCAGCAAGCCGCUUCGCAGCCCAAGGCUGCUGCUGCCGCUCCUGCCCCUGCUCAACCUACAGCCGCUACGCCCAGUCAGCCCGCCGCACCCGCCCGUGAGCAAUCCCCCGCCACAAGCCAGGGUGAAGCUGCCGGAUGGCAAACAGCUACUGGACACAAGAAGGAGCAAUCCCGCGCACAGAAUACCGGUCCCGCUGCCGAUCCCGACCAGAAGCGUGCUUACAUUAAGAACGUCUACAGCCAAGUCGAGGAGGGUGCUUUGAGGGCCGCUCUCACCAAGUUUGGCGAGAUUGAGUAUCUUGACAUUAGCCGUGGCAAGAACUGCGCCUUUGUUGACUUCAAGACACCCGCCGGAUUCCAGGCCGCUGUCGCUGCUAACCCUCACACGGUCAAUGGCAUCGAGAUGAAGGUCGAGGAACGCCGUCAGAACCCCGGGCAAUUCAACCGUGGAGGAUUUGCUCGUGGCGGUGCUUCUCGUGGCCGUGGCGGUAUGGGCGGCCAGGCGCCCCGUGGAAACUUCCAGCCUCGUGGCCGAGGUGGUUCUAUGCGCGGCCGCGGCGGUGCGGCUCAGGAGUCCUAA